GAAUGUUUGGUAUGUGCGGACGACGACAACGUGAGAGGCGCCGAGGGUUCCGUGCGCCCGCGAAUUAAAGCCGAAAAAGCCGUUUGCGGCCGAGCGCGCGUCGAGCCGCGGACACCGGGCGCCUCGCGGGGCCCCCGGGGCGAGAGAACGCGCCGCGGGCGCGUGCUUUUACGCGGCGGCCGCGCACCCGACUCGCCGGCGAACACCCCGCGGAGGCGCAGAUGGUUCGGUCUGUAGUAGGUGGGACCGAGCGGUCUGCUGCAGGACGUCGUAGAUCAAUGAGCCGGACCGGAGGGUUGGUCCAUCGCCUGGCGCGCGUCUAACCGUCCGUCGAUGUGUCAGUGUACCUGCGCCCGGACCGAGGCUUUUAUCUCGCCGCCGCUCGCCCGCUCCAGUGUGCGCACGCUCUGAACCCGACCGGCUCCUCGCGCCGCCUGGAUCUCUCGAGCGGCUCCUCUUGCCAUUUUUUUUCUUUUUUUUUUGAAGGGGGGGGGGGGGGGGGGAGAGAGCUAAAAAAAUUGUAUCUGUAACCUCCAGGAUGAUCUUUGCAAACACAGGCAACCCACUGAAGACAGCCACUCGCAAGCAGUGGGCUUCCUGUCUGCAGUCGUACCCCAUGACUCCGUCCAGUCCCAGCAGCAGCAGCAACAGCAGCAGCACAGGCCUGGAGCAGCUCAGCAAAACCAACCUGUACAUCCGGGGCCUGCCCCCCGCCACCACAGACCUGGACCUGGUCAAACUCUGUCACCAGUAUGGAAAGAUUCAGUCAGCAAAGGCAAUCCUGGACAAGACGACCAACAAAUGUAAAGGUUAUGGCUUCGUGGACUUUGACAGCCCAGCGGCUGCUUUAAAGGCUGUGCAUGCUCUGAAAACCAGCGGCAUACAGGCCCAGAUGGCCAAGCAACAGGAGCAGGACCCAACGAAUCUGUACAUCUCCAACUUGCCUCUCUCCGUGGACGAGAAGGAGCUGGAGAACAUGCUGCAGCCGUUUGGUCAGGUCGUCUCCACGCGGAUCCUCCGGGACUACAGCGGCAACAGCCGAGGCGUGGGCUUCGCCAGGAUGGACACAACGGAGCAGUGUAAUGCAGUCAUCUCCCACUUUAAUGGGAAAUUUAUCAAGAUAGGUUCUGGAGCUCUGGCUCCUCCUCAGCCCUUGCUGUGUAAGUUUGCGGACAGUCAAAGGAAGAAACACGCUCACAGCGGAUUUGUUCCCAAUGGACAGACAGGGGAUCUCAGACUAGGUGCAAUGACCCUCAGCUAUGACCCCUCCUCGGCAGCCAUACAGAAUGGGUACUAUCAUUCUCCGUAUCCAGUGAGCAACAGGAUAAUGACUGUGCAGCCUGCGAUGUCUCCCUACAUGUCUCCCGUCUCUGCUUACCAGGUGCAGAGUCAUUCGUGGUUGGCACAUCAACCAUACAUCAUGCAGCACCCGGGUGCUGUGAUGUCUCCCUCUAUGGAUCCCUCCAUGUCAAUGCACCCCUCGGCCAUGAUUACUCAGCAGAUGGGUCAGCUAUCAUUGGGAAACACUGGAGCGUAUAUUGCUGCCAACCCUGGUGUCCAGGGAGCCUACAUGACUCAGUAUCCUCCCAUGCAGGCACCGCCAGAAAAUGGCACGCCGCAGCAAGUGGAUUCUUCCAACAACUCAUCUCCUUACAGUCAGCUCAGCAAGUAAUCACAGGCUGACUUUAUUACUCUGUGAGCCAGACGGCAGGUGAGAAGUUUGCUGAUGACAUCACAGUGAAAACAGUCACCGCCUUCUCUGAUUGGACCAGACACGUGAACUUUUUUGCACAGCCCCAACAUUUGUGGUGGAAAUGAGGACGGUGUAAAUGGACUCAAGCAGUCGGUUAAUCACAGAAAAAAAAAAAAAAAAAAUCAAGAUUUAUUUUGAUAAGAAACAACCUGCUUUUCUUUUUCUCUUUUUUUUUUCACGGAUCCUCAAAACCAAUACCAGAGGAUCCCCCAGCCUCUCCCGUCCUUAGCCGCCCCUCAACCUCACCCUCACCCCCUCCACCUCCCCCACCCCAGUGAAAUGGGAUAUUAAAAUGCAUGAGAUUGAGCUACCCCCCCCCCCCCCCCCCCCCCCCCCCCCGAAGGUUUCUAUGAUUUUAUAGCUCUUUUAUUUGUGUUAUUUGAAAGAAAAAAAACCUUGCGAAACGUUGUUUGCACUGAAGUUUAAUGUUUCAGAAUAGCUUCAUUUUGGUUUUCAAAGUGGCCACAGAAAAAGCUUACAAAAAUCAAUUUAUGCUCAACUGUACUUGACAGCUGACACAGGUGACCAUUUCAUUAGGGAAAUUAAUGAAUUUAUUAUUGGAAAAGGUGCCUUCCUUACGUCACAUCGAACAUCCUCCAACAUUCUUCAUCAAACUUGAUCAGGUGUCAUAUUUCUAUCUGAUUGAUUAAAUGUGUGUGUGAAAUCAUGGCGAUUUCUAUUGUUUGAGUGUUUGGCUAUCUAGUUAUGUGGUAGCAAUAAAGACAAUGAGAAUCCCACGGCAAUACUGAGAAAAUAGAACGGUGGUAAACUCAGAGCACGGUAAUUCCUUACGUUUCCUUUCUCUUAAUUUUGUUCUUCUUCUUUUAAACUCUAGGAUGACACACGAAAUAGGAGCCGUUCUUAAUUGAAAUUACACGUUUUACACCCAGUGGGCAUCUUUUAGGAGUUGUUGUUUUUUCGUUCUCUUGUGGUCAGCGUGACCAGUGAUCUACCUCAUGGUUCUGCUGGAGCCGGCUGGUGCUGUGGGGUUUGCAGGUAAAGCCCCCUUUCAUCAGCGUGGACGAAGCAGAACAAAAGCCACGCUCGGGAGCUGGCUGAAUAGGACUUGUACCGUUUGUCUCCCACAUGCAGCAUUUCUCUUCCCGAUUCUACAAAGAAACGUUUGUGCUCCGCCUCGUCUUUUCUUUGUCACUGCUUCUUGUUCUGGUUGUUUUUUUUUUUCUUUUGCUCGACAUGAUGAGUGUUGUUCAGUGGUGAUGCUCCAUUUCUAGACCCUCUUAAGUGAGACAACUACCUGCUUCUCCUUAAAGUAGUUGGUUUACAAUGUGUUUGAAACAAACGAACGCAGGCUAUAUGCUUUCAUUUGCUGCGUUCGUCUGCCUUUACCAUUCUAGACCGAUCUUAGAUGACUCACCUUUUUCCCUCGCCGUUUGUUUUUUCCCCUUUAAAAAAAAAAAAAGAAAAAUGUUCAUGCCAAAAAAUCUGGAUGAGUAAAAAAAAAAAAAGGUAACUCCUGUUAAGUAAAUGCAGCAGUACUUCAUUUUAAUUUGAUAGUAGUUGAAAUCACAUGGCUGAUGGCAUGUGUUUAAAAGGUUGGUUUGUUAAGAAUAAAUUAUUUACAUUCAGGGCCAAAAGUGAAAAAUAGGUGAGUUUUAUUUUUUUGCCUUGCUCUUUUUCUUUCUUUCUUUCUUAAAAUCUAUCAUUUCCGAUGUAAGAACUCGACUAAGAAACCAGAUAAAUGGUCACAGCUGUAUGGUCACGGUGCUUCUCCUCAAUCGGUAGUACUGCAGCUGUAAAUGCUCACAGUAGGAAAAUACAGGCUUUUACUACGUGUAUUUUCCCACUCUGAACGUUUGUUGCUGGGAAAAAAAAAAAGGAAAAAUAGAAGAAAAAAAAAAUGUACAUGUUAUCCUCAUUGCUUCCCCCUGUCACCUCCAGCUGACUCUCAAACAAUCUUCUCCUUGCUCUCUCCUUUGAAAAGACUGGAAUAAAAUCAGUGCUUAAUAAAAAGCUCUUCUCUUUCUCA